AUGUAUAAGGUUCUUAUUGCACUUAAAUCUUAAUAACAAUUCAAGUGUUCAGUGACGAUGGCAGGAAAGACCAAAGUAGUGACUCUCCCUUAGACUGAAGGAUUAACAUUUAAUGUAAACUAAUUGGGCUCAAUCCAGUUAAAGUAUAAUGAUGAGGUCUUUAAAAUCCAAAUGAAUGAGGAUAUCACUGAGACAACAGGCGAAUAUAAAUUUUCAAAUGUAAUCGGAUAAUAUUACAUUGUUUUGAUACAAGAUGUAGAAAAACCAUCUAAAUUAAACAUAAAAUAGAAUGCAUAAACAUCAGAGUCUCCCCUUAGAAAAAAUGAAACAGAAAGAAGUCUAACUGCUAGCGCAAAAAAAUUUACAUUUAAGACCCCUACAAAUAGAUAGAAAUCUGAAUCAAAUUAAAAGUUGAUACAAUCCUUUGUUUUAGGAGAUAAUCUAAUGGAAUAAUUGAAAUAAGAGAAUAAAGAACUCAAAUAAAGAAUAAUUGAACUUGAAAAUUAAGUGAUAUCUUUGUAAGAAUAAAAUGAAUAGAAAAAUGAGAAAGUCGAAUUACCUAAAUAAGAAAUAUCAUCAAAUGACUUUAGAAUAGACUUUUAAAAUCUAUUAAAAUUAUAGCAAAGACAGGCUCAAGAGAAUAAGCAAUUACUAAAAUAAUUGAUGGAUUUAGACACUAACUAUUAAGAACUACUAGAUAAGAAAUCCUUAGUUGAUUAGGAAGUGACAAAAUUAAAAUAAACUAUCAGUUAAUUUGACUGCCAAAUAACACAAUUAAAAAGCAGAUUAACAUAAUUUGAAAUAGAUGGACUAAGUUAAAACAUUUAAUUAAAUCUAUAAAUUGCAUAGCCAAUAGAGAAUGAUGAAAUAAUUGACAACUUAAUCAAACAAAUUCUAAAAAUGAGAGCAACUGGAUCUCAAUACAUUCCAAUAAAAGAGGAUAAACUAGAUUCCAAGUUAGCCUAAUUGAUUGCUAAAGAUCAUACUCAACAAUAUUAAUUUAUUAGACUAAAAUAAGGAUUAUAUUUGAUAGGCGAAGAAUAAUACUAAUUGUUUUUGUAAGAGUAAAAGAUAAUGAUUACUACUGAAGAAGGUGCCCUACAACUUUAAGAUUUUAUUAAAAGUAGAAAACGAGUAAAAUCAAUCAAUGUUCGUAAACCUUGA